GCCUCCGCGGCGGCGGCAAGGGGGAGGUGAUGCCCCGUUAUUAUGAGGACAAGCCGGAGGAUGACGGCGCAUGCGCCGGGGUGAAGGAGGAUCUGGGGGCGUGCCUACUGCAGUCGGACUGUGUGCUCAAGGAAGGAAAAACUCCUCGGCAAUGUUUGAAAGAAGGACACUGUACAGCUUUGAAAUACUCAUUUUUUGAAUGCAAAAGGUCAAUGUUGGAUGCCAGAUCAAGAUUCAGAGGAAGAAAAGGAUAUUGAUGCUUUUCUCUGAGAACCAAGAUUAAAACAUGUGUUCCUCUUUAUAGCAUAUGAGGCCAAAAUAGAAAGGCUGUAGCUUCAUGCAUUUGGUUGAAUAACUUUGCAGUUGUGUUUUAAGGGGAAAAAUAUGAAUCCUACUUUUUUCAUCACUUGCAAAAUUUAGUCUGUUCUGAAUUUUUACACAAAAGGAUCAACUAAACAGAUGUAUGCUAUGUAUAUAAUAAAUUAUCUGAAUGAUUUGAACUGAUAAA